AAAAAACUGUACUGUCACUUUUACUCGCAACAUUUCAUCCUCACACCAGACGUCAACCAGAGAAAUGAGUGGAAGUCGAGCAGGUCGAGCGAGUUACUUUGUGGCUUGAGGUGUGCGUUCAGAGGACCGGGAGCACGGCAGGGGGAGGAGGAGGAGGAGGAGGACCCAUGGAGACUUGCUGAGUGAGGCACAAAAGUUGUGUCAAGUUUUGCGACGCUGAGGUGAAAACUUGCGGUCCACACCGAGGGUUUGCUGCUCGAGCUGCGGGGAAGAUGGCGCGGCGCUGCGGCCGUGCCACGUCUCGGUUUACCGGAGAAAUACACAAACAUGCCGGAAAGAUAGCAACACCCGUGGUUUUGUUAUUUGUUUGUCUUCUUUCCCCCUCCGUUGCGCAGGCUGGACUGUACACCGCUUCUGAUCAGGUCAUCUUGUUGAGUCCGGGUAAUGUGGAGUCGGUUCUGAUCAACUCCACAGCAGCUAUAUUUGCGGAGUUUUAUGCUUCGUGGUGCGGACACUGUAUUGCCUUUUCUCCGGUCUACAGAAACCUGGCGAGAGACAUUAAAGAGUGGAAGCCAGCUGUGGACCUGGCAGCUAUCGACUGUGCUGCAGAAGAGAACAGGAAGUUCUGCACCGCCAUUGGCAUCAGAGCAUAUCCCACUAUCAAGUUCUUCCAUGCAUAUUCCAAGGCUGAUUCUAAAGGACAGGCCUUUAAAGCUUCUUCUCAUGAUGUUCGAGUCCUCCGUCACAGGAUCAUAGACAAACUCGAAAACCAUGUGGAGCCCUGGCCCCCCGCCUGCCCCCCACUGGAGCCCACCAGCCAAGCAGAGAUCGACAGCUUCUUUGAGACCAACAACGUUCAAUACCUGGCUCUGAUCUUUGAGGACACAAAAUCCUACAUCGGCCGAGAGGUAACCCUAGACCUGUUACAAUUUGAGAAUGUCACAGUGCGGAGAGUCCUGAAAACUGAGGAUGGUCUGGUAACCAAACUGGGGGUGACUGAGUUUCCAUCCUGCUACCUUUACUCUCCUGGAGGCAACUUCAGCAGACUCAGAGUCAACAUUGAGGCCCGUACCUUCUACUCUUACGCCCUCCAGAGGCUGCCGGGAGUGACGCGGUCGGGGAAGCCUCCACCGGUCACCACAGACGUCAGCAAGGACAAACAAGAGCCCUGGAAACCCUUCAACAGGUCCAGGGUGUACAUGGCCGACCUGGAGUCGACGCUGCACUACUCUCUGCGUGUGGAGCUGGCUGCUCAUACUGUCAUCAAAGGAGAGGCUCUGACUUCUCUCAAGAAGUACAUCUCUGUCCUGGCAAAGUAUUUUCCAGGACGUCCAGUGGUGAUGAACCUUUUGAAGUCCUUGAACUCUCAGCUACAGAACCAGACUGGCAAUGAGAUUUCCUAUGAGGCAGUCAGAGAGAUACUGAAUAACACAGCUCAGUCUCCAGACACUGCCCUGCCUGAAGGAGAGAGGUGGGUGGGCUGUCAGGGUUCACAACCCCACCUAAGACGUUACCCUUGUGGGAUGUGGACUCUCUUCCAUGUUCUCACUGUCCAGGCCAAGAACACAGGAGGCACAGAUCCCCAGGAGGUGCUGAGUGCGAUGAGAAACUAUGUCCACAGCUUCUUCGGCUGCAGGGCGUGUGCCGAGCACUUUGAGAUCAUGGCGCGCGAGAGUAUGGUGGAGGUGAAGACGCUGUCGAUAGCCGUGCUGUGGCUUUGGUCCAGACACAAUCGGGUCAACAACAGACUGGCAGGUGAUUUGAGUGAAGAUCCAAACUUCCCAAAGGUCCAGUGGCCUUCACCAGAAAUGUGUCCGGCCUGCCACUCAGUGAAGGACAACGGGGAGCACAGGUGGAGCCAGGAGCAGGUUUUUCCCUUCCUCAUGUCCUACUUCUCAUCCAGCAGUAUCCUCACAGAUUACCUCGAAGAUGAAAGCCAGAUCCUGGCAGAGCAGAGGGAGAAACAUGCGAGUCAGCAGCAAGCUUUAGAAGCUCAGAAGCGUGUAGAGAGGAAAGCCAGGGAGGCCUUGGACUCCAUGACGCAUCCUCUGCCAUCGCAGUCCACUGUGCAGGACGAGGAGGAGGAGGAGGAAGAGGAGGAAGAAGAGGGGCCGCAGGAUGAAGAGGACGAAGGUAAUGAAGGAGCUGCAACAGAUGAGAUGGAGGGUAAGACCUUGGAGACGACCCCCUGGGCCAAACCCGAAAUGGAGGUGGGUCGAGGCCGGCGGCAGGCCCACAGGAAGCCGAGCAUUGUGGGUCUGAGGAUGCGAGAGCUGCAGGAGGACAUCGUGGAUCUCGACUCGUUCGUCAACCAGCACUACAGGGCCAAGGCGCUGCAGGUGGCCGCCUCCAGCCGGGUCAAACAGCGCACCCUGCAGAGGAAGGAAGAGCGGGAUCCGGGGCCGGCGUUUGGUCUCGGCAUGGAGGGCCUGCAGCCUGUGGAAGCAGACUUUGAGCUGGAUGCGGGGCAGCAGAGAAAGCGGCUGCAGAAGCGAGAACUGACGGGCCAGCACUUCGACGAGGAGGUGGAGUUGAGCCACGGGGGACGCUUGAUGUCGGCGCUGAGCAUUGGAUUCUCCAAAGUGGACAUCAGCCUGUGUGUCAUCCUGUAUUUCCUUUCCUCCAUGUGUCUUCUGGCCAUGUGUCUCUUUUUCAAAAAACGCCUCAGGCUACGGCGGGGUAAAUUGGCCCUACCAUGAACCAAAGUGUAUCCAAAUUUGAGCUGAGUCAGCAAUGAUUAAGGUUCAUUAGGUUCAUGUAGGCUGAGGUUGGGGUUACUGUAAGGGGAUGUGUCGAGAUUAGGGCGAUCUUAGGCGCUCCACUUAACCGUCCCCUACAGCCGAAGCAGGAAACAGCGAGCUUCACCCUGAAUGUCGUGGAUAUGUUGUGUCUAACUGGAGUGGAGGAGAAGGGAAAAUGAGCAGAUAACCAUCCAAAUCUUUAAAAAUCAGGACAAUUAUUUAAUGUCACACCUAUUCUGGCUUUUUUCAGGCAGCAUCACAGCUAUGGGAAAUCUGUGAAUAUAGAUGAAUAAUUCCAGAAGUGGGUUUCUGUUUGAAGUUAAGGAUAAUCAUUUUUGAUUUUUUGUUUGACCACUUAUGGUGGAUCAAAUUAAUCCCAAUAUCACAUUAAUUACAAUUUUAAUUUGUAUGAAAUAAAUGCAACUAAUGCGUUUUUUUGAACUAAGUGAUUUUUGUUGCUUUACUGAAUUUUUGGUCAUUAGUAACAGUGUGGGGUUUUUUUUUAUUUGUUUUUUAUUUUGCUAGUAGUAGAGGACCUCCUAAACUACUUCUCUGUGUACUAUGACAACAUUAUUUUUUUCAUUUCAGUCACAAUUUUUAUAUUUUACACAUAUAAAUAUUUGAAUAAUUUCAAUUAAAUACUCAAAUAGGUUUCUCUUUGAUUUAAAAAAAAAAAAUAAUAAUAAUAAAUUCAGUUGUAUCUUAAAUUACAGAUAAACCGUUUCCCUCAAAUCAAUAACAUGCAUUUCUUUGUAUAAUUAGACCAAACAGUCCCAGUCCCUAAAUGUGUUGUGGGUUUGUUGAAGGCCUGACAGUGGCUCCAUAUUGCUGAACACUGUGAGCGGACCAGCAGGGCCACACUAACUUUCACCAGAGAAGAGCGGAUCAGCCUUUUGUUGUUCAGCUCCUCUCAGGUGGUUUACUGUUCAUAACACUGAGCAUUACGUCACACCUUUGAAUAUUACAUCACACUGCUGAGUCCACACAACAGCUACUCUGGUUGUUUAUGAAGUGUUUUGGAGGGAGCGACGCAUAUGUUCACACUGGACAAGGUUUUAGAAUAAGCAGGAUUUGUUUUUUGGCUUUUGUCCAUGAUGUAAAGCCUCGGCUGGUCAUCUCAAAAACACUGUUUUUCUGUUUGCUUCUUUGCUUCGGUCUGAAUCAAUAAAAUUAUUUUUGAUAAGGA